AUGGCGAAUGUUAGUCCGCGCCCACUCAUCAUCAUCGCAGGAGUGGGGAACGGCUCAGGCGUAGGAGGAGCCACUGCACAUCUCUUCGCGAAGGAGGGCUACCGCGUCGCCCUGAUCGCGCGAAAGGCCGAAGAAAUGGCCCCGCUUGUCGCGGAACUCAUCGCGUCUGGAGGCGAGGCCGCCGCCUUCGCCGUCGGAGCGUACACCCACGCGGCAGUGACCGCGCUGUUCCCCACCAUCCUCACGCACGCGUGGCCGACACCCGCGCCCUCCGCGCUGCGCGUCGCGGUGUACAACGUCGGCUUCGUCGUCCGGAAGCCGUUCCUGCGCGUCUCGCCCGCGAACCUCGCCGGGGUCGUGGACGCGAACGUGCACGGGGUGUUCGCGUUCGCGCGCGCGGCGGUCGAGGCGUUCCGCGCGAACGCGCUGGACGCGCGCGGGAAGCGGGGCACGCUCGUCUUCACCGGCGCGACGGGCAGCACGCGCGGCGGGGAGAUCACGAGCGCGUUCAGCGCGGGCAAGUUCGCGCUCCGGGCGCUGAGCCAGAGCCUGGCGAAGGAGUUUGGGAAGGAGAACAUCCACGUGGCGCAUGUGGUCAUCGACGGACCGGUGAUGACGGACUGGGCGAUGAACAACUUCGGCGACAUCUCGAAGGAUUGGAAGGAAAACUUGGACGUCCGCGUAGAUCCGAAGGGCGUCGCGAUGGCGUACCUCUAUCUUGUCGGUCAAGAUCGGUCGGCGUGGACGUGGGAGAUGGACAUGCGGCCUGCGCACGAGAAGUGGUAG